GUUUCUCGUCGCGUAACCAGCUUUUGGAAACUGAAUUACGACAGAAUGUUAUAUUUCAUUUUUUAAAAACAAACAUUUAUUCGUGUGCGGUGGCAAGUAGGCUAUCACAGCACCUUGUCUCUCUAUCUCUGUGACGCUUUGACAACUCACAAUACCACAUUUGCGUCAUAAUUCCGAACUCGAAUGAACAGAGGUUCUGCGCCGGUUUUAUAUUUAAAACGCGUUUCCAGAAUCCAGCCAUUAGUUAAUUACUGCGUUUUUUAUAUACAGAUUGUGUUAAUUUUUCCUCUAAUCUAGUGAGUUUAUAGGCUACACCUUAAUUUAAAAAACAGGCUGCAGCCCAAACAGCCAAAAUGCCAUUUAAUUGGCGUUGGCUGUUCGUAAUUGCGCUGCUUAAUUUAAAGCUACCGCAAUUCGUCGUGGAUCCCGGUCAGUUUCCCGGCGCAGAUUACGACGUGCUACUGUUCCCCAGGACAGACUCACUGCUGUACUGUCGACCGGAUGGUCAGUUCCUGAUAGACCAGAGAAUCUUACCAAUAGGAAGUGAAAUUGAUUCUGCUGGUGAAAGCACCGGGAGAAGCACUGCGUUACUUCCUAAAGGAACACCCAUAAUGCACCUGGACAUUUGCCCGUUACCGGAUAUCUGUCUUGCAUCAGACCGCCCAUCGACAGGAGAGGCUUCAUUCAAUAAAAUCGAUGAGAUGAAGGACAGUGCCUCCUCACUGAAGUUCUUCACCAACAUACUCCUUCAAGCUGAGCUGCACAUCCGGGCAUAUUCAGAAAUGAUCAUCAACAUCCUGCCACAGAAAUGGCAGCCAGGUUCUGUGUUCCAUCAGACAGCAACGAUGGUCAUGUCCAUGACACCAGCUUUGGAUGUGCUCAUGAUUUUGGUCUUUAUCUGGAGAAGAGUUAAAAGCAGGACCAAUCAAUUGACCAACAAGCAACUUUUGGAGCAAUUUGCUCAACAAAUGGAUGAGAGUCAUGUGAAAUUUUCAGCCCUGAAUAAAAAAAUUGUAGACACUAAAGAAAAAAUUAGAAGAACCAAAAGAAUGCUUUCUUCCUCCCAUCGUAAGAAUUGGAACCUGAAGGCAAGUGCCAGGGAGCUGCAAAGGAGAUGCAUGAAAAUCUGUGAAGAGAGAGAUGCACUUGACUUGAUGCUUAAGGAAAGAGAGAACAGAAUAAAAAGUGCCGAUCUGGAGCAGGAGAAAUUUAAGAAGACAUUUCAAGAGAAAGAGAUGGCUCUACAGCAGAAGCUGGAGCAGCUUGAGCAAGACUGGAAAGCGAAGCUGGAAAAAGCGAUGAAGGACAGGAGCGAGCACGAGCAGCGUGUGAAGAAGGAGAUCCAGGCUCUGCUCCUUAAACUGUGCAAGACUGAACAGCUGCACCAGACCCAGAUACAUGACUGUGAGGUCAAGUACAGGGACUCACUGAAACUGGUGUCUGAGCUGCAGCAUCAGAUUGAGCAGCAUGAGGUUGUAGUUCUUCAGAGCAAACAGGAGAAACUUGCAAAAGCAGCAAGCGAUGUCCUGGAGGCUAAGAGGCGGAUGGCUAUGUCUCGAGAGAAAUAUCAGGAGCACAACUGGAAGAAGGCCUUCUAGAUUAUUAGAUGAUUGUUUGUGCUGUUUAGAGACCCUUAAGGAGGCAUUCACAUCCAUCUGGCCUUCUGUGGCUAAGGCUGCACCCACACCAUGGCAGGUAUAUGAACCCCACACCUGUACAACACAAUCAAAGCCCUUCACUGCUGAGAUGGCUUCCAUUUCUGUUUAACAGACCAGAAUUCUCUAUAGUAUAGUUAAUACAUUCACUACAUUGACCCAAAUACUGAGAUCAGUCCAGUAAUUCUGUAUUUGUGACUCCUGCUAUUAAAAAUAAAAAACAUCAAGUAACC